AAGAGGAGGAGGGGGUUGGAGUAGGGAGAGUUGGGAUCGGAUUGAAAACAGAUCAGCCCGAGGAUCUCGUCGCCGCAUGUCUGGAACCGCUGUCGAUUGAAACGCAGCCGCCUAGUUUAACUUCUGAAACACCUCGACGCCAAAGCACUUGGAAAGGGAGGGUGAACGAUCACAGUAGUUUGGCUCUAACGGUACUGAAAAAGUUGGGUCCCGUGGAGAAGAUGGAUUGUAAAGACGUGCGUAAAGACGCUUACUGAACGCGCACGGGGUGCCGUGCAGUGCACGCAUCGUGUGUAACAGCCUCCACUUUGGAAACUUUUUGCAACAAAAAAGUUCUCUGGAGUUUCGCGCAAUGUCUGAAGUGGCUAAUUUUUGCGUUUUGCGUUCCCCGUUGAUCCAUGUGUGAUCACUGUGCACGGUGAGCGACGCAAGCAAAGCUUUUUUUGUUCUCCUCUUCAGACACAGUGAUUGGAAGACCGUCGUUGGAGAAGAAUUGAAAAGUAAACGAAGACUUCAUCCAGAAGAUCAGAAGAUGGAGACCUCAGCUCCAACGGCCACAGAGAAGAAGGAGUGCAAGGGCUCCGGUCUCGAUGGAAGCAGCUUCUCAGAGCUCCCCAAGAAACCUUCUCCCACCACCCUCACAAGAGGUGGUCACCCGCUCUUCCCCACGUUUCACACGCCCAUCCCGAUCGACGUGCGCCACCAUGAGGGGAGGUACCAUUAUGAGCCACAUCCCCUCCACGCCCUACACGGACCCCAUGGACUGACCGGUAGCCCGGUGGUCUCGGACAUCUCCCUGAUCCGCCUGUCCCCCCACGUGUCCGUAGGGGACUCUCACUUCGCCCCGCCCCACCCCUACGUCAGUCCCCACAUGGAGCACUAUCUGCGCUCUAUCCACAGCAGCCCCACCCUCUCCAUGAUCUCUGCAGCCAGAGGACUCAGCCCUGCCGAAGUGACCCACGAACACCUGAAGGAGCGUGCACUCUUCGGACUGCCGCCCCCACCAGGCGCCAACCCGGCCGACUACUACCACCUGAUGGCGAGCGCCAGCCAGCGGACCCCCUACGGGGACCUGCUCCUGCAGAGCGGGGCCGCCGCGGCUGCAGCGGCGGCGGCGGCGGCAGCGGCUCACCUGCCCGACUACACCCCUGUGGACAUGUCCAGGUUCUCCAGCCCCAGACUGACCCCGCGGCUGAACAGGAAGCGAGCGCUGUCCAUCUCGCCGCUAUCGGACGCCAGCAUCGACCUCCAGACCAUGAUCCGUACGUCGCCCAACUCCCUGGUGGCCUACAUCAACAACUCCCGCUCCAGCUCGGCCGCCAGCAGCUCCUACGGACACCUCUCCGUCGGCGGGAUCAGCCCGUCCUACAGCUUCCCCCACCCCAUCAACCCGAUGGCCUACCAGCAGCUGCUCAACCAGCAGAGGGGCUUGAGUGCCUUCGGCCACACGCCUCCUCUGCUCCACCCCUCACCCACCUCUUUCCCUGGCCGCCAGCACCCUCUGGCCACCUCCGCCCUCGCCCUCUCCCACAAUGUCUCCGCUCUGGCUGAGUCGCACCAGAACGCGGGAAGUGACCCCGCAGUUAGCAGCACUGUCAACCCCAUGAUCACCAAGAGGUCGAAGGUCAAGACAGAAGCAGAGGGAUCCCUGCCUAUAUCUCCGUCAUCUCAGGAGGCGUGUGGAGGGAUCCUGGACCUGAACGAGGAGCUGGAUAAAGACGAGAGCAAACAGGAGCCAGAGGCCGUAUAUGAGACCAACUGCCACUGGGAAGGGUGCGCCCAGGAGUACGACACACAGGAUCAACUAGUGCACCACAUCAACAACGACCACAUCCACGGAGAGAAGAAGGAAUUUGUGUGUCGCUGGGACGAGUGUUCGCGCGAACAGAAGCCCUUCAAGGCCCAGUACAUGCUGGUGGUCCACAUGCGCAGACACACCGGGGAGAAGCCGCACAAGUGCACGUUUGAGGGAUGUGCCAAGGCCUACUCUCGUCUGGAGAACCUCAAAACCCAUCUCAGGUCCCACACCGGGGAGAAGCCAUAUGUGUGUGAGCACGAGAGCUGCAACAAGGCCUUCUCCAACGCCUCGGACCGGGCCAAGCACCAGAACCGAACACACUCUAAUGAGAAACCAUACGUGUGCAAGAUCUCCGGCUGCACCAAACGCUACACAGACCCCAGCUCACUCAGGAAGCAUGUGAAGACUGUCCAUGGACCAGAAGCCCACGUCACCAAGAAGCAGCGGGGAGAUGCACCACCCAGAACCCAGCCACCCAGGGGGGCCGGAGAGAAUGAGACAAACACCAAGUUUGGCGGCCGGGGCUUGGACGGCAGGGCCGAGGGCAACAACACCUCCAGAGGUGUUGAGGACUGUCUGCAGCUCAAGUCCAUUAAGAUGGAGAACUCCAUGACAUAUCAGUCCAGUCCUGGUGGCCACUCGUCGUGUAGCAGCGAGCCGUCGCCUCUCAGCAGUAACAACAACAACGACAGUGGGGUAGAGAUGGCCCUCCACAGCGGGGGCAGCUUCGGGGACCUGAGUGCGCUGGAGGACAGCCCCAUGGUGGAGUCCAGCGUCCCCGGCCUCGGCGGGCACCAGGCCGGGGUGGGGCUCCAGCUGAGGAAGGCCGGCGGCCUGGGAGGUGGGGUCCACUUUAAGUUAGAGAACAUCAAGAAGGAGAGGCUGAAGACUGUCCGGGACGAGUGCCCCUGGGCCAACUCAGCACCGCAGCCGCCGCAAGGUCACCGUAGCAACAGCACCAAGCUGCUGCCAAUGCAUGCCAUCGGUUCCUUGUUGGAGAGCUCCAAUCUAAACGGCUCCUACCCUGGCCAACGCAUCAUCGACCCAUCGUCAUGCGAGGUGACCAUGCUGAACCAGCUGAAUGAGCGACGCGACAGCACAACCAGCACCAUGAGCUCCGUCUACACUCUGAGCCGUCGCUCCUCGGGUAUCUCGCCAUGCUAUUCCAGCCGCCGCUCCAGCGAGGCCUCCCAGUUUGGCGGCAGCAGGCACAACAACAUCAGCUCAGCAGACUCCUACGACCCCAUCUCCACUGACAUGUCUCGGCGUUCCAGCGAGGCCAGCCAGUGUGGAGGAGGUGGUGUUAGUGGCGGUGGAGGAGGUCUGCCUAGCUUGCUCAGCCUGACCCCGGCACAGCACUACCAUCUCAAGGCCAAGUAUGCAGCUGCUGUUGGCGGCGCACCACCAACCCCACUACCUAACAUGGAACGGAUGAGCCUGAGGACACGCAUGGCGCUGUACGGGGAUCCACAGGAUGCCCCGCCUUACCAGUUCAACCACCCACCUGCAGGAACCGCCCCGCGGCGUCGCAGUGACUUCAGCCAUGGGUCCCAGAGCAUGAUGCCCCAUGAGGUGCCUAUGAGCCUUCCCCGACGUGCCAGUGAUCCCGUGCGCAGGCCAACCCUGGAACCCCUGUCUUUACCCAGAGGGCAACGCUACAACAGCAUGAACAGCAUGAACCCCAUGAACCCUCCCACCAUGCAGGAGCACUACCGAGGCCUGGGAUCGCAAGUCUAUACACGGUCCGACGGGAGCCUGCAACGUCACCCAUUCGCACCCAGGCCACCCAGUAUCUCUGAGAACGUGGCGAUGGAGAACAUGGCUGUAGACGGAAUGAUGGCGGUUGGAGAUCAGCCAGCAGAGGAUGAUAUUGUACUCCCCGAUGAUGUAGUGCAAUACCUUCGGUCACAGAACAGUGUUCCCUCAGGUCAGAAUGUUGGCCAGACCAAGGGCUAUCAGCCAAGCACAACCCAUCAGCAACAGACCUUCUAUGGGCAACGGAGAAUCGCCAUGGUGAGUGCCAACAUGCCCCUGACAGGACAGGAUUUCCAGUCCUGCCAGUUGAGUCCUGGAAGUUCCCAGCAGCCCUUCCAAACACCAUCAGACCGCAUGAGCAAGAACAAUAUGCCGGUGCAGUGGAACGAGGUGAGUUCUGGCACCAUGGAAACAUCAGCUAAGCUCAACAAACAGCCACAUCCUAUUAGGGGGAACCUAGUGGUCGUACAACAACGACCGAAUUUUGGUUCAUUCCAGGGACAUGGUCAAGGCCUUGGAAGCAACCAGCAGGUGAUGCCUAUGAGUCAGAAUAUGGCCAUUCAGGGUUAUACACAGCGCAACAACCAGAGGAUGAUCAACAGCUCAUUACAGCAGCACCAGAGGCAGUACAACAAUGUGAACUCGAAUGAGCAGAUGAGUCCCCAGCAAGGCUUUGGCCAAGAGGGGGCACCAAAUUCUGUACCUGGAAACGCCAGCAUGAGACCGCCAUUUAAUGGUAUGAUGGAUCAGAACAAUCCAGAAAUACUGGGGUUCAGAUCAUCAAGGACUCAGUUUGAGGUCUAUCCUCAUGGGAAUCUGGCUGAGCAGCAGCAGAACUUCCAUGGUAUUCACCAGCAACAAACAGGCCUUCAAAACGGAGGUAGGGGAAUGGUCCAGCCCAGGCCUCCAAUGGAACCUAAAUCCGUUGGCAGACAGCAUUCCGUAUCUGGUGCCGUCAUGCAAAGCCGGUUCCCCCAGUCCUCUGAAUUCAUUUCAAACAAUGCCAACAACACUUCCGAGGCAAGCCCAAAGAGGCCCAUCGUCAGCUCAUCUGUGAACCCCAACUCUACAAUCUGUUACACAGGCCAGAUCCACAUGUUCAAACCCAAUUCAGGCAAUUUUGACAUCCCAAUGUCUCCCUGUGCCAGUCAAGUUGCCAACACCACCAGUACUGCAGUUGCCAACAUGGCGUCUCCAGGAGUCAACCAGGUCACCAGCAGCACAGUAGAUUCAUCCACUGGUGGACAGGGUGCCACAGAGCAUGCCCAGAUCGACUUUGAUGCCAUGCUGGAUGAUGGGGAUCACUCAAGCCUCAUGUCGGGCACACUGAGCCCCGGGCUGCUGCAGCUUUCUCAGAGCUCUUCGCGCCUCACUACCCCACGCAACUCUGUAACUCUGGCCUCCGUACCGGCAGGCAUCAGCAACAUGGCAAUCGGGGACAUGACCUCAAUGCUCACCGCCUUGGCCGAAGAGAGCAAGUUCCUCAACAUGAUGAGCUGAGAGGGCUCAAGAAUGCUAGGCCUUCGAUGAAUUUCUUACAUAAAUUCAUCCACCUCUCAUUUUGACAUCAGCAAUAUCAUGAUAUUUCUUAAAAAAAGGCACUGAAUCAGCAAAGCAUAAGUUGUAACAUAAAUGAAAAAAAAGAACAAUCUGUAUCUCAUGCUUAUCCUAUAAUAUUUGCUUGCGAUGAUAGUAUUUGCAUUUUUGUUUUAAAUACACAGGGGGUUCUGAGAUUUUUAUAAUGCUGUUAUAAAGCCAUACUUUAAACAAUAAAUACUUUGAUAGACCAGAG